AUGUCCCCUGGCCUGAUUAUCAGCAAUAUUUUUCUAGUGGCAAAAAAGGGGGGCCAACUUCGGCCUGUUAUCAAUUUACGCGCCCUCAACGCGUUUGUCAGAUACCGCCAUUUCAAAAUGGAGGGCAUCCAUCUCCUUCAGGACCUCCUACAGAUGGGAGAUUGGAUGGUCAAGCUGGACUUGAAGGACGCUUAUCUUACUGUCCCAGUAGAGGACGCGUCCAGGAACCUUCUAUGUUUCUCUUGGCAGGACAGGAUUUGGCGGUUCAGGUGCCUCCCAUUCAGCCUAUCUUCGGCUCCCUGGUGUUUCACCAAGCUGAUGCGUCCGUCUAUGGCGUGGCUACGCAGUCGUGGAGUUCGUCUCAUCAUAUAUCUGGACGAUAUUCUGGUCAUGGCCCAGAAUCGGUCAGUGUUGCUGGAUCAUCUUCACUGGACCAUGGAUCUUCUGUCGGAUCUAGGUUUCCUCCUCAAUCAGGAGAAAUCUUGCCUCACCCCGUCUCACGAGAUGGAGUUCUUGGGGUUUCUGGUGGAUGCCACGGCAGGGACGCUCAGCCUACCCCCGGCCAAGGUUCGGUCCAUACGGAAGGAGUUGUGCAAAGCCAGGUCGUCUUCCCAGAUCCCUUUACGCCAACUAGCCAGGAUCAUAGGUCUGCUGGCCUCAUCUAUCCAGGCGGUUUUCCCAGCCCCGCUCCACUACCGGGCUCUGCAGCGCCUGAAGAUCUCCCACCUACGGGCGGGAGCUUCCUAUGCGGAUUGGAUCUCGCUGGACGAGGAGACCAAGGAGGAGCUAUCCUGGUGGAUCCACAAUCUGCAAGCUUGGAACGGCAAGGCGAUUUUCGGCCAUCGUCCGGAUUUCGUGGUGGAUUCGGAUGCCAGCCUGUCGGGCUGGGGAGCUCACUGCGAGGGGAUCACGACUGGAGGCGGUUGGUCAGAGGCCGAGGCAGGAUUCCAUAUCAACGCGCUGGAACUGUUGGCUGGAUCUUUUGCGAUCAAGAGCUUCACGAGAGACACGGCCAGAUCCUGCAUACAACUGCGCAUGGACAAUGUGUCAGCGGUGAGGUAUAUCAACGGCAUGGGCGGAACUCACUCCACCAUCUUGUCUCGUUUGGCGAAGGAUUUCUGGGACUACUGUCUAGACAAGGAGUUGAUUGUUUUGGCGGAAUAUCUCCCUGGCGUCCAGAACAUUCAUGCAGAUUGGAGUUCUCGGUAUCUUUCCGAUUCCAGCGACUGGCAGUUAGAUCCAACGGUGUUCCGUUCCUUAAUGUCAGUUUGGGGUCCUUUCUGCAUCGACCUGUUUGCUUCCCGUCUCAACUCGCAACUACAACGUUUUUACAGUUGGCGCCCGGACCCGGAAGCCGAAGCGGUGGACGCGUUUCUGCAGGAUUGGUCCAGAGAUCUGCUUUACGCGUUUCCUCCAUUCCAGCUGAUCCCCAGGACCCUGAUUCAUGUGAGGUGUUAUUCGGCGGAUCUGGUACUGCUGGUCCCAUUUUGGAACUCCCAGUCUUGGUUUCCCCACCUUCUGGAGAUGUUGAUAGAGAUCCCGUACCUGCUCCCGACAUCUCAGACUCUCCUCCGAGGACCGAAUCGCCAGCUACAUCCUCUUCUCCUAGACGGAUCCCUGCGCCUGCUGGCAUGUCGGAUUUCAGGGGUCCCUGGGAGGUCCCAGGGGUUUCGGGAACAGCUAGAGUCCUUUUGGAAAAUGCAUGGGCCCCAGGCACCAGAAGAUCUUACAGAUCAGCCUGGGGAUCUUUGGCUCGCUGGUGCGUGGCUAGGGACUUGGAUCCCGUAUCGGCACCUGUGAUGGAGAUCUUACAUUUCCUAUCUUCUUUGUUUGACCAGGGCAAGGCCUAUCGCACAAUCAGCCUGUUCAGAUCGGCUAUUUUUGCCUCUCACCAAGGGUUUGAUGGUACUCCUGCGGGACAACAUCCUUUAGUAUGUCGUCUCCUGCGCGGUUCUUGGAUGUCUCGUCCUCCUAGGCCUAGAUUUUCUGCCACUUGGGAUGUGUCUUGUGUCCUUUCCUUUUUAUCUUCUUGGCCUCAGAACGCGGACCUUUCCCUUCGGCAACUGUCGGCGAAGCUCGUCACUCUCUUUUGUCAGAUUUCCUGCAAGCGGGUUUCAGACGUCCGGGCUUUGGACUAUGAUGCACGCUCGUACACCCCGGAGGGGGUCUCUUUUGACAUCUCGAGGAGGACUAAGACCCGCAUACGCUCGGUGGCUUAUCCUGCUUUCCCGGCUUCACCUUCACUUUGCCCAGUGGCCUGCCUCAAGGAGUAUGAGGCUCGCACCUCUCUGCAUCGGUCACGUUGAGAUCGGCCUAUUCGGUGGUAUCCUUGGGUCUACGUCCUGGUUCGGAGGGUCGGCAGUUUGGUUCCAGCCGAUCGUAUGAUGUGGACAGCUUCAGGAGAUUCUUCAGCGUUGUUCCUGUUGUUCCAGUUCGCUUCCGGAUGGAUGGCGCUUUGUUCCCAGGCUGUUCCGGUUCCUGGUUGGCGGUUCAGUUGGAUGUUUCGUGUUUGGACUUACAAAGAGAGAGGAGGUUUUGCAGGCGGUGUGGCCUGUUAUAGGGGGACUAUGGGGAGGGGCUGAUGACAUGUUUCAAUAUUUUUAUGUUUUCUUUGCUGCUAUUGGUCAGAGUAAAGAAGGAGA